UUCCGCUUCUGAUAUUCAGCCUUCAGACAUGGACAUUCCCUGCUGAUUAACUCUUAAAUCUAACUGGAGCGGUGAAGAAACGCUACACACAAAGAGCUCGGUGGCCAGAUUUAUGACAAACAAAUAUAAAGAAAUAAGAUAUCUCAACAUCAAAUAAGCCAAAUGGGUGAAGAAAACAUGAGAAAAAGAAAUGGAGAGACUAACAGGGAAAGAGAUGAACAAUCCAUCCAAAGUAAAGAGUCCAAAACUAUGAAUCUACAGAAAGAGGUGGGCCUGAUCAGUGGGAUCUGCGUUAUUGUUGGUACAGUUAUUGGCUCAGGCAUCUUUAUUUCUCCAAAGUCGGUACUUGCCAAUGUUGGAGCUGUGGGGCCAUGUUUAAUCAUCUGGGCAGCCUGUGGAAUUCUUUCUACAUUAGGUGCACUAUGUUUUGCUGAGCUAGGCACAAUGAUCACAAAAUCAGGGGGAGAAUAUCCUUACCUUAUGGAAGCAUUUGGUCCUAUUCCAGCAUAUUUGUUUUCCUGGACUAGUUUAUUGGUCAUCAAACCCAGUUCAUUUGCUAUCAUUUGUCUCAGCUUUGCAGAAUAUGCUUCAGCUCCUUUUUAUUCAGGCUGUGAUCCACCCGUUGUAGUCAUUAAGUGUCUUGCAGCAGCUGCCAUUGUGAUUAUUACCACAGUGAAUUCACUGAGUGUGAAGUUGGGGAGCUAUGUUCAGAAUUUUUUCACUGCUGCUAAAAUGAUCAUUGUCAUAAUCAUUAUUGUAAGUGGAAUUGUUCUCCUUGCAAAAGGAAAAACAGAAAAUUUUAAAAACUCUUUCAAUGAUGCUAAAAUUUCUGCUGGUUCUAUCAGUUUGGCAUUUUAUAAUGGACUCUGGGCCUAUGAUGGAUGGAAUCAACUCAAUUACAUUACAGAAGAACUUAAAAAUCCUUACAGAAAUCUACCACUUUCUAUAAUCAUUGGAAUCCCAUUGGUUUCAGUUUGCUAUGUUCUGAUUAAUAUUUCAUAUUUCACAAUAAUGACUUCAACAGAACUUCUGCAGUCCCAGGCGGUCGCUGUGACAUUUGGUGAUCGGGUCCUCUAUCCAGCUUCUUGGAUAGUUCCUCUCUUUGUGGCCUUUUCUACAAUUGGAGCAGCCAAUGGGACCUGUUUUACUGCUGGCAGACUUGUUUAUGUAGCAGGUCGUGAAGGGCACAUGCUAAAGGUGCUGUCUUACAUUAGUGUUAAACGUUUCACCCCAGCACCUGCUAUCAUAUUUUAUGGUGCCAUUGCUAUUAUUUAUAUCAUCCCUGGAGACAUUAAUACACUCAUAAACUACUUUAGUUUUGCCGUCUGGAUAUUUUAUGGUUUGACUGUAUUUGCACUCAUAGUUAUGAGAUUUACAAGAAAAGAGCUCAAAAGACCAAUCAAGAUACCUAUCGUCAUUCCCGUCUUAGUGACAAUAGUCUCCAUUUUACUAGUUUUGGCUCCAAUUAUCAGUGAACCUGAAUGGGCAUAUCUCUACUGUGUUUUAUUUAUUCUUGGAGGACUUAUAUUUUAUGUCCUUUUCAUUCAUUUUAAAUUCAACUGGGCUCAAAAAAUAUCAAGGCCCAUCACCAUGUACCUUCAGAUGCUUCUAGAAGUUGUUCCGCCAGAGAAAGUUCCUGAAUAAAGAGAUUUGAUUUCCA